AUGGAAGAUGACAGCCGGGUGAGGAAAUGUAGUUCCUGUAAACUGGUAUUACCUUCCCAUCUCUUUAAAAGUGAUACCUCGAACUAUUAUUAUAAAACUUGCCUCCCGUGCCGCUAUAAGAAGAGACUGAAGUAUUACUCAACUCUAUCUAAUGUACCUCUUUCUAAACGAGAAAAAAGUAACCCUGUACCACCAGAUAUUCAGCAGCCACAAAAAAUGCCAGCAUCGGAUUCUGUUCCGUCUAAUGGUUUCACUUCGUUGUCUGAAAAAGACCUUGAAUUCCAGAUGCAGAUCGCUAGUGUAAUACCACAAGCUAAGUGGAUCGCCUGCGAAAACGUUUCAUCUGAUCAUUGCUUUAUUGCAUCCGCUGUUUUAACCCCACUUUCACUCGACCAUUACGUGGGUACCUCAAGAAAGUAUUCUGUUCCAUAUUAAAAUUUCUGUGCCUUUGGAAAUGUUUCAUGCACUUUAUAUGU